AUGUUGGCUUUGGCGCUUUUGGCUUUGGUUGAGACGGCAGUAGCGCAGUACUACAGCCGCCUCAAGGGCCUGCGCAGCUCCGAGGGCUUCUGGGACGCCCAGUUCCGGCCAAACCUCACCCAGUACCAGGUGCACAUCGAGAAGUUCGUGCCCGAGCUGACGAUCCAGGCAGAGGUGAACUUCGAGCGAUACCUCAGUUCGGAGUUCUAUCCGGUCAUCACCGCGAACGGGGAGCCUGUGAUCUACACAGAGGGUCAGCCCGCAGUGCAUACGCUGGAGCUGGGCGGGAAGCCUCAGGAGACGCUGGUGAAGACCAUCUCAGUCGAAGUGGCGUCACCAGACAGCUUCAAGGGCCCAAAGGCCUCCACAACCUACCGCCUCAUUGUCACCAGGGACCCUGACGAGUCUGCGGCGCUCUUGUCUGUGUUCGGACUGAAGAUCCCCAGAUCACAACAAUGGGUGCUACUGGUAUCCUCUCUGUUCACCGGUCAGGUUCGGCAGCGGCCGUGUCGGGAGGCAAUGCCGCGCGAGAUCAUCACAUUGCAGGUGGGGCAAUGUGGGAACCAGAUCGGCGCGGAGUUCUGGAAGCUCUUGUGCGCGGAGCACGGCAUCAAUCAGCGGGGCAUCCUGGAAGACUUCGCCACUUCCGGCGACGAUCGAAAGGAUGUCUUCUUUUACCAAGCUGACGACGAGCACUACAUUCCAAGAGCAUUGCUUUUGGACAUGGAACCUAGGGUCAUCAACGUCAUCCAGACCUCGGACUAUGCCGAGCUUUACAAUCCGGAGAACGUGUUCAUCUCCAAGGACGGCGGUGGCGCUGGCAACAACUGGGCAAAAGGUUACAGCGGGGCUGAGAAGGUGCAGGAGGAGGUGUUUGACAUGGUCGACCGAGAGGCGGAUGGCAGCGACAGCUUGGAGGGCUUCGUGCUGAUCCACUCCAUCGCCGGCGGCACGGGCAGCGGCAUGGGCUCCUUCAUGCUGGAGGCCAUUAACGACCGCUACCCCAAGAAGUUGGUGCAGACCUAUUCUGUGUUUCCGAUGCUGUCCUCUGAGACCAGUGACGUGGUGGUGCAGCCGUACAACUCGGUGCUCACUCUGAAAAGGCUGGCGCUGAACGCGGACUGCGUGGUGGUGCUGGACAACACGGCGCUGAAUCGCAUCGCCAGUGACCGCCUGAAGCUCCAGAACCCCACGUUUGCUCAGAUCAAUUCCCUGGUCUCCACGGUGAUGGCGGCCAGCACUACCACCUUGAGAUACCCGGGCUACAUGAACAACGACCUGAUCGGCAUGCUGGCCUCGCUCAUCCCCACGCCCAAGUGCCACUUUUUGAUGACGGGCUACACGCCGCUCACAAUCGACCGCCACACCUCGACGGUCCGAAAGACCACAGUGCUGGACGUGAUGCGGCGGCUGCUGCACACCAAGAACAUCAUGGUCUCUUGCUCGACGCGCCGGGGCGUCUACAUAUCCAUCCUCAACAUCAUCCAGGGAGACGUGGACCCAACGCAGGUGCACAAAAGCCUUCAGAGGAUCCGGGAGCGGAAGCUGGCGAAGUUCAUCCGCUGGGGCCCGGCCUCCAUCCAGGUGGCGCUGUCCAGGCAGAGUCCGUACCUGCAGCAGGCCCACAAGGUGAAUGGCUUGAUGCUGGCGAACCACACGGCCAUCUGCCAGCUCUUCGACCGCUGCGUCAAGCAGUACGAGAAGCUGCGGAGCCGCAACGCCUUCUUGGAGAACUACAGGCAGGAGUCCCUCUUCGCAGAGAGCCUCGACGAGUUUGACCAUGCCAAGGAGGUGGUCGUGUCGCUGAGCGAUGAGUACAAAGCAGCAGAGGGCGAGGACUACAUCAAGUGGGGCCUCAUGGGGGACCAGGACAUCAACCUGCCACCCACUUAUGCAGCCGCAGACCGCAGGCCCGUGCGACUGGAGCUGGAAGAUGAGCUCUACAACCUGGUGGAGCUGCAGCCUGCCUUCAAGGCGAUGUCGCAUAACCUGCUCUACAGCGGCAAGGUGUCUGCCAACGCGCAGAAGCUGCGUUUGCAGUUCGCCUGCAACUCCCCCGCCACCGCAGAGGCUGAGGUCUCAGGAAAGAUGCUCCCCAGCAGUGGCGAUACUGUGGAUGCCUGGGUGGUGCCAGAUGAGUCUGGAGAGACGGACAUCACCGUGGACUGCGUUUGGCAGGGCAAGCGGCACAGCAUCGAACUCAGCCUUCAGAGCACUGUGGACCUCGCCAAGGCAGACAUCAAGCUGGAAGUCAUCGGAGGCACAGGGACCCCGGAAGACCUUGGAGGCAACGACACAUUCAGCGUGCUGGCGACUGACGAGGAGGUUCGGCUGGUGGCGCUCUAUGAGGAGAAUGGCCUGCUGUUGGACUUCGAGGAGGAAGCGGGAGGCCGUCGCUUUGCGCUCGGCGCCGGGGUGCCCACACCGCCCAUCCAGGUGCCACCACUGCCACGCACCAAGGAGGUUUUCCUGCUGCUGCACUCGGCGCAAGAGGAGCGGCGCAUCUCCGUGCGCGUCCGCGCGCAGGAGGUGCUAGCCACCACAAUUGCGCCGGGGCCUUCGCACGCGGUCAAUGCGCCCAACGCCUCCGUCUUCAGCCUGCAGACCUCGUCCUCGGACAUCGAGCACGUUGGAGUUGCGGUCUCCGGCUUCCUUGCGGCUCUCUGCGGCGUCUCUACAAUCCUCAUGCUGAACGGAGAGCCUUUGGAUGUGCCACCGUUGCUGCGCUGGUUGCUGCUGCCUGUGCAGCUGCUGGUGCUGAGUGAACCUGAGAGCUUUCAAGCCUCCGGUCGGGCGCUGUCGAGCCUGGCGCAGGGCUUGCGCUACACGUGCCUGCAGCACCCGCCCGAGCGAGCAGAGAGUCGGCCUUCGCGACCUGGGGAAGGCACCUUGUGGAGCGGACGACGCUUGGCAUCAAUGGAUGUCGAGGCCACCUGGUCGCUGCGCGCGUGUGCCGCCACGCUGGCGGCGGCGCUGGGCGCACACGUGCUGCUGCUGGCGGCUCGGGUCCUGUUGCCCGUGGACUGCCAUUGCCGCCGGUACACGGUGCCGCACCGCUGGCGGCUGGGCGCUUGGGAGCUGCACCUGCUGAUGCUGUUGGCUUUGCCGAUGUCCUGGUCUUGCAUGAUAGUGCUGAUGGAAAGGAGAGAUCUUGCUUCCUCAAUCAUGGCAUCCUCCUUGGAAGAGGUGGCCCGCUCCGACGCAUCCUUGCCGGCGCUGGCGGCCGUGCUGCUUGCGGCCAGCUGCCUCGGUGGGUUUCUGGCGCUGUGCCAAGUGCUCAGAGCCACUGUGCGCCACGACAUCCUGUGGAUGCCCGAGGACACUGGCAGUCUAAAGCGGCAGCAGGACUUUGGCCGGUACUGCGACACCCGCUGUGACCAGCUCACCUCGCGCAUCCACGAGGCCUCUUGGCGGUGCUGCGCCUCGCUUCUUCCGCUGCGCUGGGCGGCCACGGUGGCAGAUGUGGUGCCGGUGCGCUUGGUGCCUCGCAAUGCCGGCAGGAAGUUGGCCAUUGAGGAGGACGAGGAUUCGGAGGGCCAAGAGCUGCUACGAGGAGAGGCGGAGGGGCCCGGGUUCAAGGGUGCCCGCAUUUCUGACGACUACGCGCAGGUUCAACCUGACAAAGAAGUAGACGUUCAGGUGCUGACCACUGUGGUGCCGAGCCAGCUAUGGGCCGGCCUUGACACGGCGCAGGUGGGGUUCUACAGCGAGUUGCACUGGCUGAAGGCGCUCUUCGGCCCCAAGAGCUUGGCACAUUUUCACCACGAGAUGCAGCUGCACGUGGAUGACUGGACCACGCCGCUGCGUGUCCGCGUAGACCAACUGCAGGGCCCGAUCACCAACUCCUGGCUCGCCUUCUGCUUCGACGGCCAGCGCUGGCCGUUGCUGCCGGCGGUGGAGUUGCUGUUUCGCCUGGGUCUUGGUGUGCUGUGGGCACAAGGCGAACGCUACGGUGCUCUCCUCAUCUCCUCGUGCCUUUGCUGCGGAAUGUUCGCCUGCAGCUUGUGGCUGUCCCCCAGCACCUCCUAUGCCGGGAACCUGGCGCUGACGCUGAGCCACCUGGCCUGUGCCAUCAUCUCCCUGGCACACCUCAGCCAUUGCCACGGCAUGGCAAAGCAGGAGGCGGACAUGGCUGUGCUGGUGGCAGCAUGCCUGGUGCUGCCCAUCGCGGUGGCUGCCACGCUGCGAUUGCUGGCGCUGCUGGUUGCGAGCCUCUGUCCCCGUGCUCAGGUGGAGGACUGCAAUGUGGACUUGGGACUCGUCGGGCCCGGGCAGCAGUGGCUGCUGCAGGUGCCUGCAGAGUGCUCAGUGCCAAUUCGUGAGAGCUUCCUGGUAGCGCUGGGGAGUGACAUUCGCCUCUCCCGGAAGCCCCUGGAGAAAUCUAGGCCGCGCCUGGAGUUCCAGGCCCUGGACUAUGUGGCCAAGGUAGGCCCGCUGGAGCCGCCUCUGGCGGUGCUUUUCGGGCCAGGUGAUGGCAACAGCCACUACUCCGAGAUAGCCUAUGCGGACGAGGACUUGGAGCGGAUCUGCGGUCACUUCGCGCUACAAGUGGCAGAGCCCGGGUCAGCCCAUGCCAUCGCCCAAAGCGCCCUGCAAGAGCUGCAGCGUGCGCGGCAUGGCGAGAUCUUGGUGCUGGUUGUCUCCUUGGCACCUUUGCCGCCUUCCAGCAGCGAGUGA